AUGGAAGGAGAGGACAGAGGAGAGAAAGCGAUUUCCGCCAUGGAGGCCUGCUACCAAGGCUUCGACCCAGCAGCGUACUUGCAGUAUAACUACACUCCGCCGCGAGCUGACUUCACCAGGAGCGACAGCAUCGUGCCGUGGAAGCUCAAGUGCCUUCACGAAGCUCUCUCUGAGGAUGGGAUGAAAGGAGAGGUUCUGGUGGACGUGGGUUCCGGUCCGACUCUCUACCAGGUGAUGAGCGGCUGCGAGCACUUCGAUAGGGUCAUUCUGUCUGACUUCCUGGAGGUGAACCGAAAGGAGCUCCGGGGUUGGCUGCAGGAUGGCAAGAGCAGCCUGGACUGGACACCUUACUUGAAGUUUGUGUGCGAGCUGGAGGGACGAAGUCCUUCAGCCUGGACAGAAAAAGCGAAGAGGCUUCGCUCAGUGGUGACCGAUGUGCUGCCCAUCAACGUCCACCAGCCCUGCCCCCUGCCAUCUGGAUCGCUGCCUAGCUCAGGUGCCGACUGUCUGGUGUCAUCCUUCUGCCUGGAGAGCGUGAGCCCGGACCUGUCCUCCUUCACCCAGGCGCUGGGUCACCUGUCCAGUCUCCUCCGCUCGGGCGGUCACCUGCUGCUGAUCGGAGCGCUGGGGGAAAGCUUUUAUCUCGGGGCUCCGGGUCUGCGCAUCCCGGUGGUGCCACUGGACGAGGCUCAGGUGUGCUCCAGUCUGAGAGUCAGUGGCUUCCAUCUGCUGCAGCUCAGCAUCUACCACCUACCACCAGACAUGAGGGUCGGGGUGGACGACGUCACCGGAGUGUUUUUCGCCAAAGCCAGGAAACCGUAGUCACGAUGAAAAGGGGCGGGGGGGGGUGGAGCAAACAAGGAUCUUGGCAUUUUUGACUUGUCUUUUAUACAACAGUUAUUUCUGACUGCACAAUCUGAUUGGCUGAAAAGCAUUCUGAUUACUUGUUAUCUGAUAACUGAGGAAUGUAAGGUAUCUAACUAGGAUAUAAUAAGGUAUUUUGUUAGGUAUCAACAAUGGCUACUUUAAGCUGCUGGAACUAGUUUUCUUCAGGGCUUGUUUGAUCGACUUUUUCUUCACUUUGCAAAACUCUUAUAUAAAAGAAAUAAAACACUUAACGUGCCAAGUGGUUCCUUC